AUGAAAGCACACAACGCGCUACUAGAUGCACGAGUGAAAAUGACAAAACAUGCAAACGAGCACUGGCGCCCGGCAGAAUACAAAGUAGACGACUUAGUAUACAUUUCCACCAAGAACAUCCAAUGGCCAAAAGGUACAUCAAAGAAAUUGUUGGUAAAAUACAUUGGACCAUACAAGAUAGCGAAAGUAGUAACCAAAGGAGCCAGCUACGAGGUAGAACUAGGAAAGGACCUACAAGCAAGGGGCAUACACCCAGUGUUUCAUGCGUUGCUCCUAAGGCCACACAAGCCGGUAGAUGACCGAAGAUUUCCCGGACGAAACUUGAAUCAAGUAACAUCAAUCGGCGAAAGCCCGCAGGAAUGGGCAGUCGAUAGGAUUACAUCGCACAAAGGAAAAGGCAGAAACGCGAUAUUUGAGUUAGUAUGGAAAACUGGAGACCGAACCUGGGAGCCGUACCAAAACAUCAAACACCUCGAAGCAUUAGAAACUUACCGCGAGGCCCAAGGAGUACCCAAUGCAGGGAAACUGCCAAUCGGAAAAAGUGAGGAAACUAAGAGCAACACUGAAAAAGAAACCAAGAAAAUUCAAUUGAACACGAUAGCAUACAUAAAGGACCCCCAAGCAAAGGCCAUCAACACCACCCCUCACUCAGAGCCUUGCACAUACACUCUACCAAUGUCUUCCAACGCUAUCCAGAUGACCGCAGAGACUCUCCAAGCCGUCCUGAACGCGCAGGCGAACGUCCAGAUCGAAUCCAACAAGACGCUCCUACAGCUUGCAAGAGAGACCGGGCAGCGCCUCAAGAACAUCAGUAUGGGCUACUCGCGACGACAGCGCAAGGCGUUCAGGAAGAAUAACCCGCACCAAGACCCAAAGCACAUUGGCCGACGUCGCAAGCAGAAGGACAGGCAAGCGCAGAACACACCGAAAGCAAGCCACCCCGUAGCGACGACCAGCCAGAGCGCAAACUUGCCCAUGGAGAACAUAAUAGGCGCGAUGGCCAAUCUUGGAUUUGACAACUACCUAACCGCCACACCAACGGAACUGCAGAACAUCCCCUUGGCACCGCCGGUACCCGCAUACACGCCCGCUCCGAUCCAGGGAGCCCCCGACUCGUUACCUAAGGAGCCACAAGCUACUCAUAUUAUUCGGCCAAACCCCCCACUCACACUCCCACAAACAGCGGGGACGAACAACAACCAGCCCGCACAGGAGCCCGUCACCAUAGCUGUAAAUCCCGCACCCACUCGAAACCCCAGCAACCAGGCAAACGAAGAAACCAUCGAUUACAAAGACGACUACACAAUGGACGAAACCCAAUACAACCAAACCGGACACGCUGGCGAGCCGCUCCACGGCCCGGAAGGGUGA